AGGGAACUGCUCUUAGACAAUAGUAAGAAUUUCUUAUUAAGAGUUCUUGCAUAUUUGAACAAAAAGCUUAAGACUAAUUAUAAGCUUGCUUUACCCUAUUAUCCUAUAACAAAUAGCAAGGUUAAGAACCUUAAUAGCACUCUUAGAAAUAUUUUGACUAAGAUAUAUAUUAGUUCUAAUAUUAGGCUUUAG